AUGUGCACUUGCUGCGAUCAUGCAUUCGACAGCUUAACCCCUGUGCGGGAGCACAAUUACGUGGAACGUCUGAACCCUGUUUACAUGUGCCACGAUUGCGGUGCCUGUUUUUCAAUUGCCCCGGAAAUAAAGGAGCAUCGCGAGAAGGAGAAACAUUGCAACCGCGUUAUCAGAGACAUGGAAUACAGAUGCCUAAAGUGCGGUCAGACAUUCUUAAACAUCAGAGCUGUCAAAUGCCAUGAGAAAAACAGACACAGUCCCGAGAAGCUCCAUUGCUUAGAGUGCGACCUGUUUUUCCGGAUCCGGCCAGACUUCCACCGGCACAUGAAGGAUAUGCAUUUGUCCAUGCCGAGCCGCGUCUGUCGUUAUCCAAAAUGCAGGCGAAAGUUUUGGUCGCAGGAGGAAUACGAGCUGCACCUGAAGUUCCAUAAAAAUCACCAGAAAUACUGCUCUUGCGGUAGUCUAGAAAGGCACAUGAGGAUACAGCGUCACCGGAAUAAACAGCAGACGGAACGAGAACGGAUUAAUACCCAGAAGCAGGAAGCAGUUGGAGACUUUAUCAUUCAUCACCUCUCUGAAGAAUCCUAA